AUGGAGAAGCAGCAGCAGCUCCGUUCCUCAUGCAAGAAGUGCAGCAACAGAUUCCCUGUACCUUUCCUUGGCUGUGCUCUUGUGGUGGUGCUGCUGUUCUCCAUGGCCUCUCCAGCCAGUUCUUGCACGGAGCAGGAGAAGGGCUCCCUCCUGCAGUUCCAUGCUGGGCUGUCGCAGGACGGCGGCCUCUCGGCGUCAUGGAAGCAAAACAGCACCGACUGCUGCGUGUGGGAAGGGGUCACAUGUGGCGCGGAUGGGACAGUCACCGAUGUCUCGGUGGCUUCCAAGGGCCUUGAGGGGCACGUCUCGCCGUCCCUGGGCAACCUCGCCGGACUGCUGCGCCUCAACCUGUCCCACAACUCACUCUCUGGUGGCCUACCACUGGAGCUGGUGUUGUCCAGCAGCAUCAUCGUCCUCGACGUCAGCUUCAACCGCCUGAAGGAAGACAUGCAAGAGGUGUCGUCUUUAACCUCUGUCCAGCCUCUGCAGGUACUGAAUAUCUCGAGCAACCUGUUUACAGGCCGGUUUCCAUCGUCCACCACGUGGGGGGUGAUGAGCAAUCUACUCACCCUGAACGCCAGCAACAACAGCUUCACUGGGCAGAUACCAAGCCAUUUCUGCACAGGCUCACCAUCGCUAGCCGUGGUUGCACUCUGUUACAACCAAUUUACAGGCGGCAUCCCUCCUGGACUUGGUAAUUGCUCCAUGCUCAAAGUGCUCAAAGCUGGACACAACAACCUCAGCGGGACUCUACCAAAUGAACUCUUCGACGCUUCCUCCCUAGAGUACCUCUCGCUUCCUCACAAUGGUUUAAAUGGAGUGAUCAAUGGUGCACAAAUAGUCAAGCUCAGAAAUCUGGCCACUCUAGAUCUUGGAGGGAACAAUUUCAGCGGCAAGAUUCCCGACUCAAUUGGUCAGCUCAAGAGAUUAGAGGAGCUCCGUCUGGACAACAACAACAUGUCAGGGGAGCUGCCGUCAGCUCUGAGCAAUUGCACAAAUCUCAUAACAAUUGACCUCAAGAGAAACCAAUUUGAUGGAGAACUUACCAAGGUUAACUUCUCGAGCCUGCUCAAUCUGAAGAGUUUAGAUCUUCUGUACAACAAAUUCACCGGCACAAUUCCAGAAAGCAUAUACUCUUGCACCAAGCUGGCCGCACUACGCAUAUCUAGCAACAACUUGUAUGGGCAGCUUUCACCAAACAUAGCCAGUUUGAAAGCCCUUACUUUCCUAUCACUUGGUAACAACAAUUUUACGAAUAUCACAAACACGAUUCAGAUACUCAAGAACUGUAGGAACCUCACUUUCUUGUUUAUCGGAGGGACAAACUUUAUGGGUGAAUCCAUGCCAGAAGAUGAAAUAGUUGAUGGUUUUCAGAACCUUCAGGUUCUCUCCAUAGCUGGUUGCUCAUUGUCAGGAAACAUGCCCCUUUGGCUAUCAAAGCUGACAAAGUUGGAGAUGCUGUUUUUUCAAAAUAACCAACUCAGUGGACCAAUACCAGGCUGGAUCAAUAGCCUAAAUUUACUUUUCCACCUAGACAUAUCAAAUAAUAACCUUACAGGUGAAAUUCCAAGAGCCUUAAUGGAGAUGUCAAUGUUAAAUUCAGAAAAGACAAAGGCACCCCGUUUGGACCUAAGAGCCUUUGAGCUGCCUGUUUAUGCAACUCCAUCACUUCAAUAUCGUAUAUCAAGUGCUUUCCCUAAAGUGCUGAAUCUGGGAAAUAAUAACUUCACUGGUGUGAUCCCUGAGGAGAUUGGUCAGUUGAACUCACUUGUUAUACUGAACUUCAGCUCCAACAGCUUAUCAGGAGACAUACCACAGCAGCUCUGCAACCUGAUAAAUCUGUGGGUGCUCGACUUGUCUAGCAACAAUCUUACAGGCAUUAUCCCAUCAGCACUGAAUAACCUGCACUUCCUUUCAGCAUUCAACAUUUCAAACAAUGACCUUGAAGGGCCAAUACCAUCUGGAGGCCAGUUUAGUACAUUUCAAAAUUCAAGUUUCGAUGAGAACCCAAAGCUGUGCGGCUCUAUGUUCACUCACAAAUGUGAUUCUGCAGAAACACAUCAAUCCGUCAUUCUGACAGGAAAACAAACUGACUACAAGGUGGCCUUUAUGAUUUGCUUCAGUGCAUUCUUAGGUGUAGGGGUGUUGUAUGAUCAAUUAGUCUUAUCAAGGUAUUUUGGCUAAUUCUACUUCAGUCUACUUUGGUUUAUGAAGACUUGUUCAUAUUAGGCU